AUGGUGACCCCUAGUAGAAGCUCUUGUCGUGAGUUCUGUAAGUUUAUUGAGGACGCUGACUUUAUAGAAUCGCCUACGACGGGGCUGUAUUUUACUUGGUCGGGCCGUCGCUUUCUUCCCCGGCAUAUUGAGUCAAGGCUUGAUCGAGCUCUUUUCUCUUCUGGUUUCGAUGAUAUGUGGACCAAUAUUGUCACUCAUGCGUUACCUAGACUGACUUCGGAUCACUCGGCUUUAGUUCUUCAAUGUAGAGACGCGGCUCCUCCUGGGAAACGUUCGUUCCGGUUUCUUAACAUGUGGGUUUUGCACCCUGACUUUCAUAACUUGGUUCAUAACUCUUGGUCUGGUGAUGUGGACGUCCGAUGUCCCAUUUUCAAGGUGAUGUUUAAACUGAGAAGGCUCUGUGCUGAUCUUAAGACCUGGAAUCGUACGGUUUUUGGGCAUGUUGAUGAGCAGAUUGUGACUUACCAAGCUGCGCUUUUGGAGAUUCAGCAGCGUAUUUCACAAAAUGGGUACUCAGAUUCGGUUUUUGAUGAGGAGAUACAGGCUCAAGCGCGGCUUAACAUCAUUUUGGAAAGAAAGAACAGUUUAUUGCAUCAGAAAAGUAGAGCGAAGUGGUUGACUGAUGGUGAUCGCAACACUUCCUUUUUCCACCAUCUCAUCAAAUUCAGAAAACCGAAGGAGGAGGGUCCAGGUAGAGAUGACAGGACCAUGUUAGAAGCUAUUAUUGAUCAUAGUGUCACGGAGGAACAGAAUGCUAAUUUGAUCAGAAUUCCGGAGGAUGAGGAGGUCAAGGCCUCGGUUUUUGGUAUGGACGCUUCUAGCGCCCCGGGUCCUGAUGGUUUUUCGGGUCUCUUCUUUCAGAAUUGUUGGAGUAUCAUUAAAGAGGAUAUCUGUUUCGCUGUUCGGGCUUUCUUUUUACAUUCUUACCUUCCUGCCGGCUGCAAUGCUAGCACGUUGAUUUUGAUUCCUAAGAAAGAUCAGGUUGAUACGGUGGCUGAUCUUCGUCCUAUCAUUCUCUCGAACUUCUUUUUUAAGAUCAUUUCUAAACUUUUGGCUACCAGAUUGAGCGCGGCGGCGGCGGUUUGUGUUACUCCUAAUCAGUUUGGUUUCAUCAGUGGUCGCUCUAUUCAUGAUUGCAUUGUGCUGGGAUCUGAGGGUUUUAAUUGCAUGAAUAGAACUGGUCGGCGCUCGAAUUUUGCUUGCAAGAUUGACAUUCGCAAAGCCUUUGACACAAUGAGCUGGGGGUUCAUUUUACAGGUGCUUCAAGUCAACGGUUUUCAUGAGACUUUUAUCAGAUGGAUUUCUGUGAUUUUCACCUCGGCUCGCAUUUCUAUUCUUUAUAAUGGUCAGUUGAGUGGUUAUUUUGCUUGCUCCAGGGGGGUGCGCCAGGGAGACCCCCUUUCACCUAUUCUGUUUGGCAUUGCUGAGGACGUCCUAAGCCAUCUUUUUCUGAAUUGUGUGCAUUCUCGGCACCUGGUGCCCAUGGAUUUUAGCCGGGGAUCUCACUUUCCCACGCAUCUUUUAUACGCGGACGAUAUCCUCAUUUUCUGUAAAGCUUCGGUUAGAAAUGCCAAAAAGAUCAAAGAAAUAUUGAAUCUUUAUGGUGAGCUGUCGGGGCAGGUUUGCAAUCCGCUUAAGUCUCAUGUCUACUUUUCGUCUAAGGUGGCGACUCCUCUACGAAAUAAUAUUAAGAGGGAACUAGGAUUUGCUAUCGGAAGUUCGCCGAUCACUUACCUUGGUGUUCCUUUGUUCACGGGCCGUAUUCGUGCUACUUAUUUUAUGGCUAUUUAUGAUAAAAUCAUUAAUAAGUUUGCAAGAUGGAAAGGCUUGCAGCUCUCUAUGGCAGGACGUAUUUGUUUGGUUCGUUUGGUGAUUCAAAGUUCGGUUACUCAUUCCAUGAUGAUCUAUAGAUGGCCGAAAUCUCUUAUUUAUAAUUUGGAUAAAAAAUGUCGUAAUUUCAUCUGGACUGGAAGUGUUGAUAUCAAACCUUCCUGCCCGGUCAGCUGGAAUCGGAUUUAUGCUCCGCGUGCGGAAGGGGGUUUGGGAGUGCAAUCUUUCUCUACGAUGAACAAGAGUUAUCUGAUGAAAAUGGCGUGGAAAAUGGUCCAAGGUCAGGAUUUUGCUUUUGCUGUUCUGCGUACUCGUUACCUCACUUUAUUUGGUUACGCGAAGCUUAAUAUUGCCUCUUCCCCUUAUUGGACGGGAAUUCGGGAACAUGUGAAUCAACUUGUUGAUAACUCUUUUUCUUAUGUGGGCAAGGGGUCGACCACUUACUUUUGGAAAGACGAUUGGUUGGGUUACAAGCUGGUUGAUAAGUUAAGGAUUCCAACUUUUAUGCAUGAGUUCCUCAAUCAGGCUAUCGAUGAUUAUUUUUUUGAUGGAAUCUGGCAUUUCACAGAGGACUUUAUUAUUCAUUGCUCUGAUAUUGUGGUGGAUAUUCUCCUCCUCCCUUUUGGUGAAGAGGAAGAUCAACGUUUCUGGAAGUCUUCGCUUACUGGUGAAGUUUCGGCUGCUUUGGCGUUUGCGGCCAACAAUCAUUGUUUCCCCAAGGUUUGUUGGGGGAGUUGGAUAUGGGAGAAAUUUAUUCCGGAGCACCGAUCUCUGCUAACUUGGAGGUUAAUCCAUAGACGCUUACCUACUCAGGAUAUUUUGAUUCGUCAUGGGAAGAUGGUUGGGCCGAAUAGGUGCGCCCUCUGUGGUAGGGAUGAGGAAACUAUUAGUCAUCUGUUUUGGAGAUGCUCGGAGGUUAAGCUUGCUUGGCAUGAAUUCCUGGAGUGGUUUCAUAAGAUUGAAUAUCUGCAUCAGGCGGACAUUCACGACUUCCUGGUCAUUGCUUGGAAUGCUAAGUUCAGUUCGUUGGUGACUUCGUUCUGGAAAGUGGGGGUUAUAAAUUUGCUUUGGAAAAUUUGGGAUUGUCGCAAUCAAGUCAUCUUUGAAGAUAAAAGUUUCUCUCCGAGGGAUCUCAGCCGUUUUCUUAAAGUGGCUUUCAAAGAAAUGGAUGCUCAUUUCUCCAAAAUGGGUACUUCUAAUAAUUCUUGGUCGGAUUAUCUCAUUUUGAGAAGUGUUGGAGUUGCUUCUCGUGCGGCUCCUCCACCGGUUAUGGUCAAUGUCCACUGGUGGCCUCCGGUGGGUCCUUGGAUCAAAGUCAAUACGGAUGGGUCCGCGAUGGGAGCUCCGGGAAGUAUUGCUGCUGGGGGUGUUUUUAGGGAUCAUUGGGGCUGGGUCCGGGGUUGCUUCCACUUUAAAGGAGGAACGGGUUUUGCCUUUGAAGCGGAACUUCUUGCGGUGAUAUAUGCGAUUAUGAUCGCACAUCAUAGAGGCUGGUAUAUGUUGUGGAUUGAAAGCGAUUCGGCCUAUAUUGUUCGUUUACUGAAUUCGAGAUCGUUGGAUGUUCCGUGGCAUUUCAUGGCGACGUGGAGAAAAGCGCUUAAGCUCUUGGAGGAGUUUCAGGUGCAGGUUUCGCAUAUUUUUCAUGAGGGAAACUGUGCAGCGGAUUUGAUGGCGAAUCCGGCUAGAACUGAGGGAUGGUGGCCCUAUGCCCGGGACGAGAUUAAGAAUGCGGUGGCCAUGGACAUGGCGAAUCAUAGCCAUGUUAGGAUCAAGGGGAUGUUGCUGUGUUUCUUGGCUGCGGGGUUUUAUCGAACAGAUGGUGGGCGGGUUUCUGCCUGGGUCUUGUUCAUAAGGAGGCUGGAGUGGAGUUUCUUUUUUAUCGCGCAAGGGUUGCUUUCGGUUCAGCGGCGUGAUCUGCGGUGGAAUAAGGAGCAGCUAUGCGUUCCUUGGCAGCUUAAGGUUUUUUCGAUUUUGUUUGACUGGGACCUUUUUUCAAACAGCUGGUGGGCGGGUUUGGUAAGGAUUUUCUGGAUGGAGAUAGGCAUCGGGCGGUCGUUUGCUGUUUGGUUUUGGGAAGGUUGUAUCUUCGGCGACGGCACCUCACCGGCCGCUAUGAUCACCUUGUCGUCUGGUAUGGGCUGUGGAGGGAAUAUUACAGCCGACAACAAACUGCUCUUUGUUUCUCAUGGCAUGGUUGGAAGAGGUUUUUUAGAGGAGGAUGGGCCUUCAGCGACGGUGUAUCACCGGCUGCUUGGUUCCUCCGCCUCUGUUGAACGAUGGCUGGAGGAGGGAAUCGGCGACGGCGUAUUACCGGCCAAAUUCCCUUCUAUGACAGCUUUCAGUGUGGCCACCUUCGUCGUUAGAUGGCUGGAGGAGGGAAUCGGCGACGGCGUUUUACCGGCCGAAUUCCCUUCUAUGACAGCUUUCAGUGUGGCCACCUUCGUCGUUAGAUGGCUGGAGGAGGGAAUCGGCGACGGUGUUUUACCGACCGCUUUCCCUUCUAGGAUAGCUUUUAGUGAUCGUUGGCUGGAGGAGGGUUUCGGCGACGGCGUAUUACCGGCCGGUUUCCCUUCUAUGAUAGCCCUCGGUGUUAUUUGUUGGUUGUUAGUUUUUGCUUGCAUCUGCUUUUCCUCUUGUUUUUUCUUUGUGUUGAGAAGCCGGGAUUAUCUAGGAACGAUGGUUCGGCCGGAGUUUCUGAGAUUCUCCCAACUCAGCUUCCAGCACUUUUUUCUUUUAGACGAGUACUCUUUUCCCUCAUGCUGA